GUCGUUUUUAUUGUUUUCAAUCAAUUCGUCGCAUUUAAAACCGACGAUUAAAAAAUCCGAUUCCUCGGCCUGGCGAUGAAGGAAUUUCAGUUCUGACAAAAUCGAACAUGAUUUUGCAACGGUCCUUCUUCGUCGUGUCGCUGAUGAUCGGCUUGGCGGUGAUAGCGGAAAAGAAUUUCAACAAGGAAGAGAUAAAACUAUUGCAGGCAUCAUGGUCGAGAAUCAAGGAGAAUUCCUUGGAAAUCGGCAAGCAAAUAUACCUCACAUUGAUAGACGAUUUGUCGCAAUCUCCGCAAUCCUAUUUAAAGAUGAUAAUGGCGCCGAUCGCGCCCGAUUUGGAGGAAUUGGUGAAUCGACAGGAGUUCAAACGUAACGUAAACAGAGUGAUCAAAGAGGUGGAUACGCUGGUGUUCGACGAUUUGGAGGCGACCAUACGAAAAUUGCAGAAGGCCAAAGUUGCUUUGAGGAACAUCAACUUGGAUAACUUCCUGAGUGAUUUGAAUUUUACGCAGCAAGAAACGAUGAAAGUGUUCUCGACUUUUAUGGACGACAGGGAAUUGAAAGCAUGGAAGAAAUUCUUCGCGUUAUUGGAUAAUUAAAAAUUAAAAUCUAGUUCGUUUUAGAAAUUUAUUUUUUAAUGUUUUAUUCUUUAUCACGUAAACCCCGUUUAUUUCGCAUUUACUACCAACUGACCUAGAAAAUGCACAUAAGAACAUUUUGAAAUUUAAAUCGA